AUGGAAGCAAUAACUCAUGAUGAACAAGCUGCUCAUCCCCAUGUUAUCCUUCUACCCAGUCCAGGAAUUGGCCAUAUCAUUCCUCUCGCCGAGCUAGCCAAACGACUCAUCCUCCACAACUUCACCGUCACCUUCACCAUCCCAAACGACGGUAACCCAGCCAAAGCUCAGCAAGAUGUCCUUGAUGCCCUCCCUAAAUCCAUCAAUUACAUCUAUCUCACACCUGUCGAUUUCUCUGACCUACCCAAAGAUGCCAAGCUUGAAACCCUCAUCAACCAAACUACUUCUCGUUCCCUCACUUCUCUCCGUGAAACCUUAAAGUUCAUUUCUGCAACUCAUACCAUCGUUGCCAUGGUAGUUGAUUCCUUCAGCACUGAUGCUUUCGAUGUGGCCAACGAACUCAAUAUUCCUCCAUACCUUUUCUUCUCUGCUGAUGCUCUGCUUCUUUCGUUGACACUCCAUGUCCCAAAGAUGGAUGAGAUGUACAGUGGAGAGUACCGAGACAUGCCCGACCCACUCAAAUUACCCGGGUGUAUCCCGAUUCUUCCAACCGAUUUGACAUCUCCAUUGCAAGAUAGGAGCAACGAUGCCUACAAGUCGUGUCUCUACCACUACAAACGUUAUAGGAUGGCUAAGGGUAUUCUGCUUAAUAGCUUCGACGGCGUGGAAGGACGUGCUAUCAAGGCUUUGAAUGAUGGGUCGGACCCAACCAUCCCACCGGUUUACCCGAUUGGACCACUCAUCAGGAAGGGUUUGAAGGCUGGGGCCGAUGAUGAUGAUGUGGAAUGUCUGCGUUGGUUGGACCACCAGCCAACCGGUUCGGUUCUAUUUGUGUCCUUUGGGAGUGGUGGGACCCUCUCCAUGGAGCAACUAACCGAAUUGGCCUUUGGAUUGGAGCUGAGUGAGAACAAAUUUUUAUGGGUCAUCAAGAGCCCAGUUCAAAACAAAUCAAAUGCUUGCUACUUUAAUGCCCGAAGCAUACAAGACCCAUUUGCAUUUCUGCCUGAGGGGUUCUUGGAGAGGACAAAAGGGAGGGGCUUAGUGGUGCCUUCAUGGGCCCCUCAAGUACGAGUGCUUAGCCAUGGUUCGACAGGAGGGUUCAUCACCCAUUGCGGGUGGAACUCAAUCCUCGAGAGUGUGGUACAUGGUGUGCCUUUUAUUGCGUGGCCUCUCUUUGCAGAACAGAGGAUGAACUCACAGAUGUUGGUGGAGGAUUUGAAGGUGGCACUCAAGCCCAAAGCAGAGGAAAAUGGAGUAGUGGGACGAGCUGAGAUUGCGGUCACUGUGAAAUGCCUCAUGGAAGGAGAUGAAGGAAAUAGAAUUCGAAAGCAGAUGAGAGACCUCCAGGCUACAGCAGAGAAGGUUCUCUGUGAGGAUGGGUACACACCAAAAUCACUGUUAAAGGUGGCACAAAAGUGGAAGACUCACGUUGCCAUUUGAUCUACGACGAUCUAAUUUCUCUCUACCCUU